AUGCCGCAAUCCUGCCAUGACACUGAUAGGCACCAACACAAUGAUGGUGUCACACUGUUCCAAGGGCUGGUCAACUACUAUGGCGGAACGCCUGAUGUGCCCCCAGGCUUAGAACAGUUCAACAAUGACACAGCAACGCCAUCUGCAUAUGCAUACGGAGACCAGUUUAUCGAGCCCGACACCGCCCGAGCCACUGAUUUUGCAACUGGUCCCAGUUGCGAUGUACCUUCAGCCCCAAAUCUAUCGUCGUCUGUCCCUUUUUCAUACGAAUUACCUUCUCACCAAAAUCUUUAUACCCCGAGCCAAGCGUUUGGUGCACAGCCGCCCGGCCUACAUUUUCACGUUCACGAGGGAUUUCCUACCCAAAGUAUUGCUACACGGAAUGCACCUGAUAAUCCUGGAUUUGGGUCAGGGCUAGAAAAUCCCGUAGAAUUCGAACUCGCGAAUGCGAUACUCGAUGCCCGUCCGAGUGGGGCGAGCCAGGGUCGGAUCUACAAAACCGAAUUGGUGAAUCUGAUCUCUGAACUCUCAACGGUAGUACCAUUACCAUCUCUGAGACUGCCUCGUGGACUAAAAAAGGAUAUUCGCCACAACCAGCCACAAAUCCCGGGUUCGUUCAGAAACACGCAUCCCACCGCCCAGCCGUUUUACGAUCGAGGCCUUUACGUCGCUUGCUGCCUGCACCCUUACUGCCUAAGUCAUACCUGGAGCACUAGCGAUAAUAAAGCUAAGGACAACCUCUACCAGAAACACCAGAAGGUUCAGCAUGAUGAAUGGGCGAAGGCUGUACCUGUGAGUGAGCGUUGUAUAUUAUUGGGACCGUACUCAAAGACUGUCCUAGGGCUGUUUUUUGAAUACGUUCAAACCCACACGUUCAACGCCGCGUUCGUUGCACAUAUAUAG